AUGGCGACGCUGAAGGAGAUCCUGACGAGACGGCCGGUGGCGGCGACGAUCCGGCUGACGGUGCCGGCAGGCGGAGCGCGGCCGGCGCCGCCGGUGGGGCCUGCGCUGGGGCAGUACCGGCUGAACCUGAUGGCCUUCUGCAAGGAUUUCAACGCGCGAACGCAGAAGUACAAGCCCGACACGCCAAUGGCGGUGACCAUCACCGCCUUCAAGGACAGCACCUUCGAGUUUACCGUCAGAUCCCCUUCGGUCACUUGGUACCUCAAGAAGGCCGCCGGGAUCGAGUCAGGGAGCAGCAGGCCGGGGCACGUAGUCGCUUCCACCGUCACUCUUCGCCACAUCUACGAGAUCGCCAAGGUGAAGCAGGCCGAUCCCUACUGCCAAUACAUGUCUCUGGAGUCCAUAUGUAAGUCGAUCAUAGGGACAGCCAACACCAUGGGCAUCCAGGUGGUCCGCGACCUCUGA